CUCAUAACUUUCAAUUCUCUCUUAUAAUCUCGUGGCAGUAGAUCGUUUAUACAUUGGCAUUUCGUUUUCAGUAUAGGAUUCUACUUUGUCAGUUCCGUACGAUUUGCGGCAGUUGAUUGCGAUAGAAGCCACAAUUAGAAGAAUAUUUCUGGUGUUUAGUCAUCCAAAUUCCAAGUAAUUAAGUUGGUAAUAAUCAUACAAAACAAUUCUUCAGCAAUGUCGUGGUACUACACACCAAAACCAACAGUGUUUGCUUCGGAGAAUUUCGAUGCCUCGGCGGAUGCAAAUGCGCUAAGAGCUGCUAUGAAAGGCAUGGGAACCGAUGAGCAGGCUAUCAUCGACAUUCUGUGCGCCCGAAGCAAUGCCCAGCGGAUGCAAAUUCUCGACGCUUACAGUGGCGAGCUGGGACGGGACCUAAUCGAAGACCUCAAGUCCGAAUUGGGUGGAAAAUUCGAAGAUGUUAUCGUCGCUCUGAUGCUUCCACCGGAAAAAUAUUUGUGCAAACAACUGCACAAGGCCAUGGAUGGUAUCGGCACAAACGAGGAUACGCUGAUUGAGAUUCUAGCGCCACAAACAAACGAAGAAGUUAAAAAACUGGUAGAUUGCUACGAAGAAAUGUACAAUCGCCCGUUGGCCGAGCAUUUGUGCAGUGAGACGGAUGGUAGCUUCCGACGGUUGCUCACCAUGAUUAUAGUUGGUGCACGGGACCCACAAGGAACAGUCGAUGCGGAUCUGGCUGUAGAACAGGCAAAUCAGUUGUACAAUGCCGGCGAAGGAAAACUCGGCACUGACGAGGAAGUUUUCUACAAAAUUCUGGCCCACGCUAGCUUCGACCAGUUGGAGAUAGUGUUCGAGGAGUACAAAAAGUUGUCCGGCCGUACGAUCGAACAAGCCAUGAAAGACGAACUCAGUGGAGAGCUUUAUGAUGCUUUAAGUGCUAUCGUUGAGUGUGUUCAGAUGGCGCCACAUUUCUUUGCCAAACGCUUACACAAGGCAAUGGAUGGCGCUGGGACGGAUGAUGCCAGCAUGAUACGAAUCAUCGUUUCUCGUUCGGAGAUAGAUCUUCAGAAUGUGAAGGAUGAAUAUGAGCAGAUGUAUAACAAAACACUUCUGAGUGCUGUCCGGAACGAAUGCUCUGGCGAUUACAAACGGGCCCUGUGUGCUCUCAUUGGCGAGGCUUAAGAAAUACCAUUACCAUCAGACCUUUUAUUAUACUGAAACCCUAAAUAUUGAGUGUUAAAACGUGUAUUUAUAUUUAUUAUAUAUGUGUGGUGAACUCAUAAAAAACACAUAAUUUUAAAUUGCACAAUGCAUGACGAAAGUAGAAAAAAGAAUCAAGAAGUUGAAUCUCAAACCGAAAAUGAAAAUAAUGCGCAACCUUACGGCAUUUUAGUCGAUAACCUGCCGAGUCAGUGAGCAGUAAUGAAGUCAGAUGUCAGAAGGUCGAAUUCCGCAUCGGAAUGCAAUAUUAAUGCUUCGCUUUUCCGUGCCUUGCAUGAAAAAGAGUAUUUAUGUUGAAAUUGGAAGUGCGAUUAGCUAGAGCAGAUGGCCUUAAAACUAUUGUAUUGAAAUACACUUUCUAGUUCAGCUCAGUUACAACCAAACGAUAUGUAUCAGAUAAAAGUAUAUUAAAUUGCAAUAGAUCCUAGCAGUUAUCAGUUUUACUUAAAAAAUGUAUUGGAGAAAAGCAAAAUAAAUUAAUCAAGCAAAAUAAAAGCUUCUACUUCGAA